AGCUGUUUCCUUCUGUGUCCGGUUGGACUGACUUUUGACAGUCAGCUUCAGCUGUGGAGGGGCUCGGCGGAGGCCAGCCGAGAAAGUUGCGCCGAGGACUGGCGGAGUGGAGCCGGUCCAGCGGGCGCCUGCUGCGCCGGCAUCCCGGGGACCGUGGGGCCGAGGCUCCGGGCGCGUGCCGGGGUUCCGAUCUAAAGCCCAGACUUGUCAUCAUCCACUGGAUUAUGCCCAACGCUUUUCUACCCAAUGAUCCUCUUGCAACACGCCGGGCUUCCUCCACCUAAGCGGCCCUCAUCCUCUCCUCCUAUGUCAGUUGCCACCAGGUCUACAGGAACCUUGCAGCUUCCGCCACAGAAGCCUUUUGGGCAGGAGGCUUCCUUGCCUCUGGCAGGGGAAGAAGAGUUACCUAAGGGAGGGGAGCAAGACUCUGCCCUGGAGGAGCUGUGUAAGCCCCUGUACUGCAAGCUCUGCAAUGUCACCUUGAACUCAGCGCAGCAAGCCCAGGCUCAUUAUCAGGGUAAAAAUCAUGGUAAGAAACUCCGAAAUUACUACGCCGCGAAUAGCUGUCCGCCCCCUACCAGAAUGAGCAAUGCAGUGGAGCCCGCAGCCACUCCAGUUGUUUCAGUCCCUCCGCAGAUGGGCUCCUUUAAGCCGGGAGGCCGAGUGAUCCUGGCCACAGAGAACGAUUACUGUAAGCUCUGUGAUGCCUCCUUUAGUUCUCCGGCUGUGGCCCAGGCUCACUAUCAAGGGAAGAAUCAUGCCAAGAGGCUGCGGCUGGCGGAAGCUCAGAGCAACUCAUUCUCGGAAUCCUCAGAGGUGGGUCAGCGGAGGGCCCGGAAAGAAGGGAAUGAAUAUAAGAUGAUGUCUAAUAGGAGAAAUAUGUACACAGUACAGAACACUUCAGGAGGUCCUUACUUCAACCCCCGCUCUCGGCAGAGAAUUCCACGUGAUCUGGCCAUGUGUGUUACUCCCAGCGGCCAGUUUUACUGCUCGAUGUGUAACGUUGGGGCUGGCGAAGAGAUGGAAUUCCGGCAGCAUUUGGAGAGCAAGCAACAUAAAAGCAAGGUGUCUGAACAGCGGUACAGGAAUGAGAUGGAGAAUCUGGGCUAUGUAUAGUGAUUGUCAUGUUCAGAUAGAGCAGCUUGACCUCCCUGUUGUUUACCUUCUGUCAACAUGCCUUUGCCUUGUGGUCCUUUUGAUAUGAGUACAUUCCUCUGCUUAACGUGAAUACGUGUAACCCGCAGUGGUACCAUGAGAUGUCAAAACCGGGGGAGGAAAAGAAUGUGCUUCUUAGGCCAUAAUGCUUUUUCAGGUCAGUUGUGUUGAGCUAUGUAUCAGCAUGUGACCUAACUACCCCCUCAGAAACAACUUUUUAUCUUGACCAAGUUCUGGUCGUCUAGUAGCCUGACCACUUAGAGCUAUGACUAUUUAGAAAUGUCAUCUUCGUUUGUGUUUUUAAUUUUAUGUACUGUUAAGUAAAGAAUGUUACUGAGUUUUUACUUCUGAUCACAGUAAAAACACGUAAGCAGAGAUUUUAGCACCCCAAAGGUUCAUUGGAACCACCACCUCAGUCGUUGUCAGGAGAGUAGUCUGAGGGUAAAGGGCAUUAGAGUCUUUCCCAGGACAUAUUCCCCUUUAUUGUGUCCCUCCGUCAUCCAAUUGCAGGUUUUCUGGAAUUCAGACACUGUGUGUGUGUGUGUGCGUUUGUGUACUUCUGAACAGCUAAACUUCAUUUCCAGGUGUGGAUUUCACUCAUUUAAAUGCCACCUUUUUCCCUCCUCUUUUUUUUUUUUUUUUUUUUUUUUGAGAGUCAGUUUGUCUAUCAAGCUCAUUUUCAUGCCACAGCUGUGCUGUGGGUUUUCCAAGCCCCACUUUUGAAUAUCUAAUGAGUUUAAUAAGGGUAUGAUUUUUUAAAAGUAUAUUUUUUUUGGCUGGCUUCAGGAAAUGUCAGGAAGUGUUUCAUAUUUCAGUUGAAAAGUACUUCACUGUAGUAACAUUCACUUAUGUGAUGGUCUCAACCGUAAUUUCAGAUCUCUUGAUAUUUUGGCAGACUUUUUAAGUAAUACGAUUCUUACACUUACAAUCUUUUCUCUUUAUCCAGUUAGUUGGCUGUUACGAGAAUACAGCUACGUACUGUUUCAUAGAUAGAGAAGAAUUUUAAAAAAAGUUAAUCAAAUUUCAGUAUGAUCAUUUCCAGUAGAAAAAUACAUCAACUUUGGUUUUAGAGCCAGUUUUAUUCUUUAUAAAGUAAAUCUUUAAAGGAUUCCUUGAAGAUACUGAAAAUGUAGAUUACUUUGGUAUCUGAUAAUAAUAAGUAUUCUUCUGUUUUUUCUUUUAAAAUAAGAAGCUGUAGUGUAUGUCUAGAUUAACGAAUGGAGUAAUCUGUGGACUUCCAUUAACUGAAUUCUAUCUAUUUACUAUAUUUUAUUUUACAUGGAUAAGACUGCUGCUCAUUCAUGUUUCUUUUGAAAGGCCACAUUCAUUAGGAAAUUUAUCUUGAGCGGUAUCUUUCACUAUGGUCAAUUCACGUUUGAUUGCUUAUGUUACUAAAUAAAAAUAAAACACCUGUUCUUCCUGAUAAUUGUAUAGGUAAAUAGGUGGGGAGGAGGGAAAUUAUAAUCAUCAUUCCUUUUCUGUAACACUUUUGAACAAUCUAGACCCAUAUUUAAAUACCAUUUUUGCUAUUAACCUUGGUACAUAUCAAGGUACGCUCUUCUCUUGAAGUGGUAGUUUACUGAAAAGCAGAAUUGUUUAUGGAAAGGUAUUCUCCCAGAUACAGAAGAAUGAAGUAAAGUUCUGUUGAGAUUCCAUCUAGACCAUGACUCCAUGUAUAAUAACCUAUUUUUGCAGUAAUCUAUAAAUUACAGCUGAUUAGAGCAAUUUAGGGCUUAUCUCAUUGACCAGUAGGUUACUCAUUUGCUGCUAAGUAUAUUUUUUAGUAGAUUUUAAUAUUACAGUGCUGGCCACUUGGUUCUAUGAUUAUUUAAAAAUCUCAUUUUCUGUUUCUACAUACAUACAGAUGUGAUACCAUAGAGAGAAUUUCAUUGAAUACUUUUUUUCAGAUAACAGGAAAAGAUUGUAGCUAUGAAUUUACAUUUUGUAAAAGUGACAUUUCAUCCACUUUCAGUUUUUCCUUUGCAAAUAAAA